UAAAUUAUUAAUGCAAGAUAGACAAUAAUUUGAAGCAGUGCAUUCUAAACAUGGGGAUAUACAUUAUAAGCAAGUGAUAUCAAUAUAAUAAGUUUAGUUAAUACAAGAUGUACAUUCAUUAGAAGAUAUGCAAUUAACACAAGGAGAUUAACAAACUAAAUAAUAAUAAUAUAAGUACUUUGACACUCUAUGCUAUUAUUAAAAUAUCCAUUUUAACAUUCACAAGCAUUUGAUGCGAUAUUAAAAGUUGAUAAGGAAACACAAAUAUUACAUGAAUUUUGAGUAUCACAAUCCAAACAUAAGAUUGGACAAAAUUAAGUACAGACUCCAUCUACUACUUUUUAUCCUGUAGGACAUUAACAGGUUGGUAUCACUUAACCUGGAUAUUCACAAGAUAAACAAUUUGUUAAAGUAAGUUCACAGGUGUAACAAGGUGAUUGACAUACUAAAAUAUAUUAUAUAUUAUAUUACUUUAACAUCCUUAUUCUGUUUAUAGAUAACCAAUUUAACAUUCACAUUAAUUAAAUUGAUUCACAAUUUAAUAAAUAUCAUUACAACUCAUACAAUAUGUAGAUUCUAUAGAACAUUCAUAACAAUUAGGAUCGCAUGCUUAACAAAUUCCAUUUGGAUCUUGAUAUUGAGUUAUUGUGCAUCCACAAUAAUAAUAAUAAGUGGAAGGAUUAAGAAUUAGUUAUUUUUAAGAUUCUUAUGA